CUUUUAUCCUAGUUAGAAAGGAGUCGAACCCAAAUAUUUGUUUUUCUUAGAGUUUUGAGUCCAUUUUCUUCAUAUUAUAUAUCUGCUUUUUUGGGUAUCUUUUCCUCCUAUCGAAUUAUUGUUGAAUUCUGAUAUAUAUACACAUAUAUAUAUUUCUUCUAUCCUACUGAAGAAGAUUGGAGACAUAAAUGAAUGAUUUUUGAGUGAAAAGAAACAUCUUCUUUUGUAGUAGCAUUUAGAAGAAGAAAAUAUUAUACAAAAAGAUUAAAGCAGCUGAGGAUGGCAGCAAAGGUGAAAGGCUUUUUCAAGGCCUUGGGUAUUUCUCAGAUGUUUGAGGAAAAAGAACCAGAAAUGCAGAUUGGUCUACCGACAGAUGUAAAGCAUGUUGCCCAUAUUGGAUGGGAUGGACCAUCCCUUGAAUCUCCCAGCUGGAUGAAAGAAUUCAAAGAACCGGGAAAAUUUCAUACAGCACCUUUGGGUCCUCCACUUGAUUCUAAUGAUCUUACAGAUAACAUAUUACGUGUUUCUCAAGAUAUAGAUGCAAACCAAAAGUACGAGAAUGCAAAUUCUUCAUUACCGGACGACCAACCAGAAGGGUCAAAGACAUCAAGGCGCCAUUCGUCAUCAGAAAGUGGGAGUGGGAGCGGGAAAGCCAGAAAUUCCAGGCGACACAAAGAAUCAUCCGAUAGUUCAGGAUCAAGCCGACACAGGCGGCCUGGAUCAGGUAGUGGCUCUGAUUCUCCAGCAAGGGACCUUCCGAACAUACCAAGAAAGACACGGCGGAAGAAAUCCAAGGAGGACGGUGGAGUGGGCUCUGGCUCUGGUUCUGGUUCGUCCCGAACCUCUAGAUCCAAAGGCACCUCCUCUAGUACAGCACCAAUGGAUCCAGGACAAGACACAGGAUGUGACAAUUCUCCAUUUUAAGUUGAAGAAACAAUGAUAUAGAUAAAGAGUAGUCUCAUUACUUAAGAGAAACAACAUAACUUGGACUCAAACUCAGUCAAUUUUGGUACGGUCAAGCUAAAACUGGGCACCUGUUUUGUACCCCACAAUUUUCCUUUACAUUGAUUAGAACCUAUUUAAUAUAACCUUUAGAUACCUUAUAUGUUGA